GUGUUCUGUGAAAGAAGAGUGGAGCAGAAGAGAGAAGAGUUUUCUGGGCUUGUUUUGUUUUGUUGCCGAAGGUGGGGGUCCACACACACAGGGGCCAGUAGUAGUGGACACACUGAGAGGGAUUUUUGCUUGUGAAAGAUCUACUUGCAGAAUGCCACUACAACUGUAAGGACGGGACAGAGGCAAAGAGGAGGGAAGAGAUAAGUGUCAAUCUGUUGAGACUUGUUUGGGAAUUUGAGGAAGGAGGAGAAGUGGGGGGGAGAGACAGAGAGAGGCAGCAAGAGGGGAAAAGCAAGGAGAAUUCGGGCGUAAACAUGAACCUUUCAGAAGAGUAAAAACAAGUGAGGAGGAAACAAAAAGGAGACUAAAAAGUUGUUCAGGCGUAUUUGGAAAAACAAGUUUGCCAUUUGCUCUGUCACCCGGAUAAUGUCAGCACAAGGAACUAAUAUGUUGUGCAAUCCAGUGCUUUUGAGCUGAACUGGAGUAGAGGGGAUAGACCACAUCUCCCUAAGGCACACCUUCAGGCUCUUCACAUUUUGGUGCAAUGGAGACCAAAAACGGCCAUCUUUAACACCGGUGACACAAUUUCUAACCUAACAACGAUGGACAAACUUCUCCCUAGUGGAAAGGUCUCUCGGGAUCCAAGUCCUCUGUCAGGAAUGAGAGGCAUCUUCCAUCGAGGAAACAACAAUCAAAAACAAAACAGGAGGAAGGAGAGCGAAACUCAGAAAAUGAGGGAUAAAGAAAUGGUCGGCCUGGAGCGAUCGAUGGACAGAGACAGACCUCCCCAUGUCAGAGAUGGAGAAAAAGAGUGGAGAGACGGAGAACGAAGGCAAGCCGAUGGCAGAGACAAACAAUGCAGGGUGCUGUCAAAUGUAGAGAGGACUCAGACUGAGCCAGAUGUAAAAACAGGGACAAAGAAAGGUGAUACAUUUCCCAGAGAGAGAAAAGGAGACAGAGAUCCUAUCACAAGAAAGAUGGCAGAAGGAGAAAUGAGGCAGAGGGAUAGACCCAGAAGAGAACAGAUGGAGGACUGGGAAAUGGAACGAUAUAUGCGCCAGGACAGAGAAAGAGUGGAGAUCCAAAGAAGGGCAAUAGAAGAGGGAAGAAGUCCACCAGAAGAUAUCAGAACACAAAAGAGAGAAAGAUAUAAAGUAUCUGGUGUUGAGUUUCAAGACAGGAAAGUAGAAGUGGAUGAUUCAUGGGAUAGGAGAGAUAGGGAUGCUGGUAGAAAAAGAGAACAGUACAGAGCUGUCAUGGAUACAAAGGAUUCUGAAAGGUGUUCUCCACAAAUGAGACCAGAAAGAAAGAUGUACACAGAAAGGAUAGAGAAAACAGCAAGGAAAGAUGCCAGGAAUGAAGGAGACAUUGAUGCGAGAGAGUUGGAGAAAAGGGAAAAAAUGAGGGACAAAAAGAUAGAGCAGAGGACCCCUUUCAGCAGGAAUGAGGUGUUCUACAGGAGCAGAAGAGCGCGGGGAAAGGAUCGAGGUGGAAACCAGGAGAGAUAUAAUGAAGAAAGACAUAAGAGGAGAGAAAAGGAUUACUGGGACAGGGACAGAGAUGUCAGAACAGAAAUGAGACCAGCAGACAGAGAGUGGGAAACAAGGCAAAUGAUCAGAAGUGAUGGCAGUAGGGAGGAUGAUCAAUAUAGAAGUGAGAGACGAGACAGAGAGAGAAGAAAAAGGCAGGAAGAUGGAAGGGAAGGCGUAAGCAACAGAUCCUUGAGUGAUUCUUCUCCUCGAGUAACACCACGAGGCCAAAGCAGUGGAGAGUGGAGAAGCCAGGGGGGUAGUGACAUGAGGUACAUAAGAGAGUCUGAGAGAGAACAAACAAGAGAAGGCAGUGUUGGAAAAGAACCCCAAAUAGAUCCAGGGCAAAUGGGUGAGAAAAGACAAAGGCAAAUUGUAGGAGGCGAGAGGUUUGACAGAAAUGAAAGCAUAUUUUGUGGUUCAGACAAGACACGGAUGUGGUUAGAACCACAAAGGGGCAUAUCACAACCAAGGCAAAAAGAGGGGAGGAGAAUAGACGAAAAGGAAAUAAAGUCACAGGAAGAAGGGGAAAGAGAUGUGUGGCAAUUACAAGGGAAUCCUGAUGAGAGGAACAUGACCCAGAGUAGAGAAAGGCAUUUAGAAAUAAGAGGACGCAACGAGGACUCUGAGGGGUUGAGUGUAGAUGGAUUUGAGGAGGAGGAAGUCUGGAGAGACAGUUUUAGUGAAGACAAGGAGCCGCUGUCCGACAGUGGUAGAGUGACUGAGGGAAGCUGGAGGACGGAUAUUCAGGGAGAAAAUUUGUUAAACAGCACUAGUGGCACAGAGGAAGAAGGUGGGAGCUGUUCUGGGAGUAGAGGAGGGAGUGUCAACAGCUACAAUCCAAACAGAGACAGAAUGCUGUCUUCAGAGUCCAGCAAUGUGUUUCUGUCCAGUGGGGUAGAUAAUGGGCAUGAGAUGGAGCAGAGAUUUAGGAGGAGGGAGAAAUUUAGUGAACCUAGAAACUCAAACAAAAGAGAAGAGGACUCGUCAGCAGGGAAUGAGGAAGUGAUUAAUGCAGAGCAACAAGGGAGAGAAAAUAAGUUGAUCUUCUGUGCAGUUGGGCAAACUGUUUCCCAGUCAGAAACCCAUGAGGUGUCACUGUCACAAGAUGAAGAGGGAGGGGUGGAAAUAUAUGACACAAAUAUAGAAGAUCAUCAAUGGAGAAGUGAUGAGGAUACACAUAAACCUCAGCACCACCCGACACCAAGCAGAAGGAAUCAGCAACCAAACACACCAAGGGGAGAGAGCCUUGCUUCAGGAGACCCCAGUGGAGAUGGCUAUGCAGCACCUGUGGACCUUCAAGACAAAGAAGUUGAAGAGAUAAUGAGAAAGGAAGCACUGCCCACUGAUAUGGGGAUAAAGAAAAGAGACUCAAAGACCGAAAGGCUCCUAGAACAAUGGAGAGACAAGAAUAACAGAAAAGAGGAUCAAACAUCUUGUGGUGAUCUUCCUCAUUGCAGCACCUUAGAACAAAUUCAACCUUUCCUGAAUGAGAUAGACACUGAAGCAAUGAGUCCAGAGGAGUUGGAGGUCAUUCGCCUCCGAAGGAGCGGGAUAUUAAUGGAUCCUGAGCGAACCAAGCGGCGUUCUGAUGCCCCUCACCUUAAAUGGGCCACAAGUAUAGUUCGUGAGAUCCUGGGACACUCUGGUGAACAGACAGAGGAUGAACCAAAUUCGGGGGCAGAAGAAAACCAGCAUGUCAAGCAGACUGUGAAUGAUGAGCAUCAGGAAGAGGCUGAGCGCAGGAGUGUGAACUUGCCUGUUGUGACUCUGACAACAGAUGAUCAACAAUCAGAGCCAGAUCUGGAGGAAGACGAUGAGGAUGAGGACAGCUUUGAUUUUAAAGAUGAUAAUGAUAUUCACAGCCAAAGCUGCGGAGAGGCAGAACUAAGGAAUGCUUUAAACUCUGUCGGACGACGGAAUAGGAAAAGUUUUUACAAUCGUCCUCAACUCUAUCAGCAGUACAACGAGGAGUCUCAGAACAUUGAGAUUCUGCGUCAGUCUCGCUCCGACACCCUCAUAGUGGGCGAGGGAAACAGUCGCUCCCCCUUACCUUCGCCUCCACCCGCUCGCAGACCGCUUCCUCCUUUACCGGCUAGCCUACACCCUCAUUCUCUGUCCCAGUCAAUAUGUGGUCACGCCAAUGCCCAAACCUUGUCUCUUCCGGACCGAUCGCAGAGCGAACGCAGGGCCUCCUCUCCAAGUCUGUCCUUCUCGCUCACGCAGUCGUCCUUACUUUGGCGGGAUCUGCCCAACGUCUGUAACAACCCUGAGCUGGAGAAGCUCACAGAAGAUCAGAGGCGACUACAGGAGGUGAGAUUUGAAGUUUUGACCUCAGAGGCCUCCUACUGCAGAAGUUUGGACAUUGUUGUUGGAAAUUUUGUCAAGAAUAAAGAGCUAGAGAAGCUGCUGACAACUCAGGACAAGAACUGGCUGUUCUCCCGUCUGACUGAAGUUCGGGCCAUCAGCCACAGAUUUUUAGCAAAGCUGGAAGAGCGUGUGGAAUCUGAUGUUUUGCACUUUACAGUGUGUGACAUUAUUGCUCAGCAAUGUCGACGCUUCAGAAAGGUUUAUGUGCCCUACCUCACCAACCAGUCAUAUCAGGAUGCCACAUACCAAAGACUCAUGAAUGACAAUCCUCACUUCAAGCGGAUUGUGGACAACUUGGAGAAGAGUCAUGUUUGUCAGAGGCUUCCUCUCCGUUCCUUCUUGGUGCUUCCGUUCCAAAGGAUCACCAGAAUUAAGCUGCUGGUCCAGAAUAUUGUAAAAAGAACAACCCCUGGAACAGUGGAAGCAGAAAACACCAUCAAAGCUUUAAAAUUUUUGGAAAGGAUCAUUCAAGAGAGCAACGACAGCAUCGCUGAAAUGAAAACCAUCGAGUCUUUGGUAUCGCUAAGUGGAAAAGUGGAAUUUGUGGAUUGCAAGACUCUUCCUCUCAUCAGUCAAAAACGGCGGCUGGUGAAAGAAGGUUCCAUCACUCAACUGAUGGACUCUCUAAAGCAAGCAGAGAGAACCAUUUACUUGCAUCUCUUCAAUGACUACCUGCUAGUAUCAAUACAAAAAGAAGGGGGAAAGUUUACCGUCAUCGAUCACUGUCCUGUGGAGGAACUGCGUACAGAAGACUUCCGUGUCAAAAUCCUGACUCUGCAGAAGAACAGCUUCCGCUUACACUUAUCACAGAAUUCCCUGCUGCUAAGAACUGAGACAAAGAGUGAUAAGCUACGCUGGAUAUCUGCCCUCUCCAGGAGUUGUCCUGUAGUUGAUUUUUCUACUGCAGAAAAUUUAGCACAGAUGCAGUGUAUCAGAGCUUACGUUGCUCAGCACCCGGAUGAGAUGUCUGUAGAAAAAGCAGACAUUAUUCUGGUUCACAAAGACAGCGGAGACAAUUGGAUAGAGGGGAUUAGACUGUCGGACCAGCAUUUUGGAUGGGUGCCCAAUUCCCAUUUGCAAGUCAUAAGCAACGACAAAGUCAAGAAGCGCAACCUGUCGGAUGCUCUCACGCUGACAAAGGCUAAAGCUGCUGUCUGAGUACAAAAUUAAGAAUGGCAAUGAGUUGAGGGAUGUCCUGCAUGGAAGUUUCUCUGCUGUGUGCAUUUUACUACUGAAAAUGGACCAUAACUAUUUUUGACAUUUCUCUUUGUUAGCUGUUCAUGACAGUGCAUUGGCUAAAGAAAAAGUUGGAAAAAUUCAGCUAAGUGCAGAAUUAGGUCCCUCUUGUUUCACUAUGUCGGAUAAUGAUAAAAAACAGGCCUGAGAGUCAUUCCCCAUUCAUGCUCUCAAUGAUUACCUGACUUACAACGUGCCUUGCUAACAUUGAGGAUUUCAGUGUACACAGAUAUCUUAAGUUUUUUUUAAUUUCCUUUCUUUGAGAAAUAUUUUGGUAAGGUACUAAUUGUUUGUAUAUGAUGACCAAAGAAAUAAAAGUGUUUUUUGUAUAAAAUAAUCCAUGUAUGCAUGGAAGCAGACAGGUAUGCAUUCUUAAUAACACUUCAACUAUGUACAGAGCUUGAACAAAACAUUUAAAUAAAUUCAUGAAAUAAA